GUUAAAUAAAUAGGUUCCAUGUUUAGGAAAGGGAUUACAUCGCUGUCUCCGAUUGGCUUGCGCGAGUGUAACAGUUCCAUUAUGUUGUUAGGUGGCGCGCGGACCUUACAUCACCAUCAAUACUUUGAACUUGGCCACGUUUGGCCAUUCAUGCGCCUUUCCACAUUCUUGAGCUCAUAGUGCUGGCAGCUUUUUCUUCUUUAGAAGCACACAUCGCAUUGGAGCACGAGAUGCAACCAGGUUUAGUCGUGUAUCGUUUGUAACAGGAAUUUCUAUAAACUUUUUCCUUGAUUAGCGUCCGUUUUAUCGCCUGUGUUACAUCUCAACUAUACUAAGGAGUAUGAGCAGUUGGUGAAGUCAAAACCUACACCUUUAUAUAAACUUUAUUGAUCUUUAUAACUUUGGUUGAUGUUGAUACGCAUUUCGCCGUGCACUCUUGAAAUGGCCAAACCGUUGGAUCACAUCAAAAGACCCAUGAACGCGUUCAUGGUGUGGUCUCGUGGUCAAAGACGAAAUAUUUCACUGGAGAAUCCCAAAAUGCAUAACUCUGAAAUUAGCAAAAGACUUGGCGCGGAGUGGAAGUUGCUUUCUGAAUCAGAAAAGAGACCAUACAUUGAUGAGGCCAAGAGAUUGCGCGCCCAACACAUGAAAGAGCACCCGGACUACAAGUACAGACCUCGGCGCAAACCCAAGAGCUCGCUUAAGAAAGACCGUUUCCUUUUUCCCCUGCCUUUCCUCGGGGAUGCCGAACAUUUGAAAGUAUUUUCCACGGAGUCGUUUUUGGCUUCGGCAGAGAAAGCCAGAGCCGUUUUCCCGCAGGCAUCGUCGCCAUACACCUUACUUGACCCCAGCCAAUUCAGCACCGGCGCUGUCCAGAGGAUCUCAGAAAUGCCGCACGCUUUAGCUGCCAAUAGCUUGUCCUACGCGUCUUCGUACCAGACAGGCCCGUUUGGAAGUUUAGGAUGCCCCGGACAACACACGCACCCGUCACCCACUAACCCAGGGUAUGUCGUUCCCUGCAACUGUGGAGCGUGGUCGGCGGCGGGUUUACAACAUCAGGUUGCCUACAUCCUUUUUCCAGGUAUGACUAAGACUGGGAUAGACCCGUACUCCUCGCCACAUUCAAAUGUGUGAGCACGGAACCAAACAAAAAACGCAUGUGAAUAAAAUGAGUGCAUUCACAUCAUAACAGUGAAAUACCUUUUCUGUUCUCGCCCAUUAUCAGGGAGCGCUCUAGCAUUUUGGGGGCCCUAUGCUAGAUUUGGUUGUGGGGCCCCCACCUGGGGGUAAAACAAUCUGCCAGCUUUUGUCCAUGGAGAGAAAAAUUUAUGUUUUUAAGUUUAUUUCCUGAAAUUCUGCACAUUUUACCAUGUGGCAUAAAGAAAAUGUUACAAGCAAAAAAAUGUAAUACAAUUGUAAUAAGUUUGCCAUAGUGGGCUAUAUACUAGGCGUGUGCAACAAGUCAAGUCAUGGUAAAAUUGUGGAUUAUGUACUAUCCAUUUAUUCAUUGUAGAUAGGUAUAUAUGAAUUAACAUUUACAUUCUUGAAUGGUUUC